CAAAGAAGCAAAACCUCCCAUAGCCAUGGCAAUCGCCAUUACUCUUCUCUCCACUUCUUUUCCUUUCUCUUUCUCUUCAUCUUCAUCUACCCUUCUGCUUCAGCAGAAACAGCUCAAGCUCGUUACAAGGAUUCAACACUCCCGAUCGAAUACCGAAUCUCAGAUCUCCUUUAUCAGAUGACCACUCAUGAAAAGAUCGGCCAAAUGGCCCAAAUCGAUCGCUCCGUCGCCUCUCCUGACGUCCUUAUUAAUCAUUCCAUCGGGAGUGUAUUGACUGGAGUAGUGCCGAACGGUCGUCCUGUUAUAGCACCAAACGCGACCCCUGCAAUGUGGGCGGACAUGGUCGAUGGGUUCCAGAAGUCUGCGUUGUCGGCAAGGCUCGGGAUUCCCAUAAUAUAUGGUACUGACGCAGUCCAUGGCCAUAAUAACGUCCUCGGUGCCACUAUUUUUCCUCAUAACAUCGGCCUUGGAGCUGCAAGGGAUGAGGAAUUAAUGGUGAAGAUCGGAAGUGCCACUGCUUUGGAGGUUCUGGGCACCGGAAUGCCGUAUGCUUUUGCUCCCUGUAUUGCUGUGUGUAGGGAUCCGCGGUGGGGUCGGUGCUACGAGAGCUACAGCGAGGAUACACAGAUUGUGAGGAGCAUGGCCAAGAUCAUACUAGGCCUACAAGGCAACCCUCCUCACAAUCAUACCCUUGGCUACCCUUUCCUCUCUUCUGGGGGAAGGAAAGUGCUGGCUUGUGCAAAACACUACGCCGGCGAUGGUGGGACACAAGGAGGGGUCGACGAGUACAACACGGUGACCACAUAUGACGACCUGUAUCGCAUCCACAUGACCCCUUAUAUUGAUGUAAUCGCCAUGGGGGUGUCAACUAUCAUGGCUUCUUACUCUAGCUGGAACGGGCUUAAGAUGCAUGCCAAUCCUUUCCUCCUCACUCGCAUUCUCAAACAAGAGAUGUCCUUCCAGGGUAUGGUCAUAUCAGACUGGGAAGCAAUUGACCGGAUCACCAACCCACCCGGUACACACUACAAAGAGAGCCUGAAAGCCGCCAUCAAUGCCGGAAUCGACAUGGUGAUGAUUCCUUACAAUUACCAGCAAUACUUCACAGACAUGACGGAGCUUGUGUUGUCCGGCGAGAUUCUGAUCAAUAGGAUUGACGAUGCUGUCAGGCGAAUCCUAAGGGUGAAAUUCAUUCUUGGGCUUUUUGAACAGCCCAUGGCAGACCGGUCUCUCCAUCCCAUGGUUGGACACAAGAAACACAGGGAAUUGGCAAGAGAAGCUGUGAGGAAGAGCUUGGUGUUGUUGAAGAACGGGAAGGGAGAGGAGAAGAUGCUUCCUUUGAGUAAGAAUGCCCCCAAGAUCCUUGUGGUUGGGUCUCAUGCACACAACAUCGGCUACCAAUGUGGAGGGUGGACUAUAUCAUGGCAGGGCACCUCAGGGAACAUCACCAAAGGAACAACCAUCUUAGAAGGCAUCAAGAGGGUUGUUAGUAAGCAGACCCAGGUUGUGUUCCAAGAAAAACCCGACAAGCAAUUCGUUAACAAGAACCAGGAUUCUUCCUAUGCAAUCGUGGUUGUCGGCGAGCUCCCAUAUGCGGAAACAGAUGGUGAUAGCAAAGAGCUUAGGCUAUCGCUAGACGAGGAGGAGACUAUCAAGACUGUGUGCAAGGAGGUGCAAUGUCUGGUUAUUGUCGUGUCGGGUAGACCCGUGGUGAUCGAGCCUUAUGUGGACAUGAUGGAGGCAUUGGUCGCUGCUUGGCUUCCAGGGAGUGAAGCAGGAACAGGAAUUGCUGAUGUUAUUUUUGGGGAUUAUGAUUUCCAGGGUAAGCUUCCGAGGACAUGGUUCAGGCGGGUCGACCAGCUACCGAUGAAUUUUGGGGAUCCGUAUUAUGACCCACUGUAUCCAUUUGGGUAUGGGCUCCAGAUGGGUAUCCAAUCACACAAAAGAGGCCAUGGUGGUUCAUCUUCCUCUGCAUCAUCUUUUUCAUCUAUUUGAUUCAUUAUGAUAUAGAUUAUAACAAAAAAUUUGUAGAUAAAGGGCUAUAUGAGGAUCAGAAGGGUAUGUUUGUAG